UCAUUUCAUUGGAAGAGAUGACCUUAACCAGGAUGUACGUUUUCUUAGGACUAAUUUUGGUCAGUUUGGUGCACUUUCAUGUGGCAAGUUCCAGUAAGUUGAGUGAUCAAUAUAUUGAAAUCGACUUUGACCAAUUACAAAAAGGUCAACAAGUUUCAACCGCCAUAACGAAAAAUCCCAGACGUUACAUACAAUCCUGCAACGAAGCCCACACGUCCGGCGUUUACGAGCUUCGACUGUCCACCAAGUCGGUUCCGUUCACGGCUUACUGCGACGUCGAGUCCCUGUACGGAAAGUGGCUCGUGUUUCAGCAACGUGUGGAUGGUUCGGUGGAUUUCAACCGCAGCUGGGUCCAGUAUCGCGAUGGCUUUGGAGCGGUUGGAGAAUCGACCGAGUUUUGGCUAGGGCUGGAAAAGCUUUAUCAAGUCACACUCAGUGGCAGCUUUGAGCUGGCGAUUGAGUUGAAAAACGAAACGGGUUGGUAUGGGUUUGCGCGUUAUAAGGAGUUUGCGAUUUCUGGAGAAGCCGAUCAGUACAAAAUAUAUCGACUGGGAAGCUACAGUGGAUCGAUUGGUGAUAAACUUGGCUUACAUGCGGGAGAAUUUAAAACAUACGAUCGUUCUUUUUACUGUGACAAUCAUUUUUUGGGAGGCUGGUGGUUUAACAAUUGUGAAGAUUGCUUUCUUAACGGACCAUAUUCAGCAAAGGACGAAACUGGAAAAGGCAUCUAUUGGAGAGGAUGGACAAAUGCUGCAUCGUUCAGCCGAAUGAUGAUCCGGCAUAAACAGGAAUGGUAAUUUGAAAUUUUCAGGAGCAGUUUAUUGUUUAAACAUAUGAAUGUGAUUUGGAAUAACACAAACAAUUGAAGACAAGUUUGCAACGAACUAUCAAAAUUAAUUACUAAUAAAUAUGUUGGUUUCACAAGAUCCAUGAUUGGAGGGGAGAUUUCUUAAAAUAA